UUAGCCUCAUAUCUCCAAAGAUAAAACUUUCUUCAAGUGAGCGUAUUAAAGGGUUUGAGAGAUGAUAUAAAUUAUGGUACAAAGUUCUUUUCUUGAUGAUUAAGAGUAAACAUAGAGAUCAAUCAUCGUCGAAAGCAUCACCUCCUUUGUUAAGAAAAUCAACAAAUUUGCGAUGUCUCGAUUUGUAAACCAGUCGUUUGUUGACGAAAAUAUUGCAAUAUGUUUACAAAAUGGGUUAUCAGAACAGACGCUUAGUGAUGAUGUUAUUGCUCGGGUGGUUGAACAACAAUAUCAAAAUGAAUUGAUGUGUAGCGAUGUAGCUAUUGCUUUGGAGAUUCAGCAAGAAGAAGAAGCUUGUGGGCCUUCUUGUGUACAUGAUGAUGAAGGAUUGGCAAGAACGUUGCAAGAAUUGGAAGGUAAUCUGCAGAGCUCUCUAAGUGAUGAUGAGAAACUUGCUAGAUAUUUGCAAGAACAAGAUGAAUUGAAUCGUUCAUACAUACCUCAACGUGAUGCUCCCUCGACUAGUAUAGCACUUUCUCACUAUGACAAUGAUGAGAACUUCUUGGAUCAUCAUACGCAUACUCUUAGUCCUUCAAAUAUCUCCCACAAUACUCCAGCUAAUGAGGACAUUGAUACCGCAAAUAUGACGUAUGAGGAAAUAAAUGAAUUACAAGACGCUAUUGGAGAUUUCAAUAGAGGAUUGUCCCGAGAGAAGAUCUCCCGACUGCGGACUCAUAAGUAUGGUACUAAAACCAAAACUGGAUGUUGGUUCAGGAAAAAGAAGUUUGUUGCCGAUGAUUCUCAGUGUUCGAUAUGCCUGGUGGACUAUGAGAACGGAGAUAAGAUUACAACUUUGCCAUGUAAUCAUAUCUACCAUAAGGACUGCAUUUCACAAUGGCUGAAACAAAACAAGGUAUGCUGUGUUUGCAAAGCCGAGGUUUAUCCAUAAUAUAAUACUAAUUUUCGUCGGACGAUAAUGUUUAACAAUCUGCAAUUUUCGGUUUAGACUUUAAAAGUUAUUCAUAUUUACAUAUUCAGCAAAAAAAAAAAAGAAGUUAUUCUCCAAUCAUUCUCCCAUUUUUAA